CAUUUCUUCAGUCAUCGACUAACCGCCAGAGUGUAAAGUAGUGAAAAAUUGUAAGCGAUUUUGGAAACAAACUCUAAAGAAGUGCUAAAGUGAAGCGAAGAAGACAUUUAAAAUUGAAAGUGAAUAAUCAAAAUUGGAGAGAAGAGAAAAUUGUCAGAACAUUACGUUUGUGUUGGGUGAAUAUAAAUUACGACGAUAAUCAAGGACUUGGUCUUAGUUCUCCCAGGAAUUGAAAAGCAGCCAGAGCUUAACCUUACAUUUACGGAACACUAGCAGAAGAGCCAAGGGUUCCGGUUCGCGGAAUUGAUCCUAGUUGAAUGUUUUUAUACUCGAUUUGCUAGGUAAAACAGAACCAGGCAAAAUUCAGGGAACCGGUUUAAGAAUCAACGAUAGUCACUCUUCUGUGAUUACAUCACAGCUCUAGAAAGCUGAUCGUGUAGCCAGUAGCGCUAGCACUAGUGAUUUGGCCCCAUCGUUCAUAGGGUCGACACUGCUGAACGCUUGCUUGUGAAAUUGUGUGCAUUAUGAAAUGUGACUUUCAAAAUUGAACAUUCAGCGGUAGAGAAAAUACGAAUACGCAAAUAAUAGACGUAAAACGGAAGGACGUACGGCCGGAAAGGAUUCUGUGAAGGAAAGAACGGCCUGUAAUAAAGUGGAGAGGUAUAUUGUGACGAUAGAAAAUUGUACGAUAAAGUAACUUUAGUGUGUGUGUGGGCAAGUGUACUUCAACUUGACGAUACACGGUAAAAAAUUAGAAGCCUAAUCUGACUCAGGAUAAAUUAUGACACAGCGAGAACGAGACACAUUCAUUCAUCUGUUCGCUGGAGGUAUCGCAGGUACUGCCGGCGCCGUUGUAACAUGUCCACUGGAAGUGGUCAAGACACGUCUGCAAAGCUCGUCCGCCUCGUUCAUCCAUAGUAUACCGAGCCGCAUCACGGUGGAAUCCGGUAAACUGACCUCUGGGAACGAGCACCAUUCCCGACGACGAGUAUGUGCCAGCACGAUUCUUAACAGGCGGCGUCCAUCGGUCCUUGCUAUCCCACAGUGCGGUAUCUCAACGUCGGUCCAGUCGAUCUCAAUCUGGCAAUGCCUGAAGCACAUUGUUCAAACCGAAGGAUCACGGGCUCUAUUCAAGGGGCUCGGACCGAACAUCGUCGGUGUCGCUCCAUCGCGUGCGAUCUACUUCUGUGCAUACUCGAAAGCCAAAAACGCUCUGAAUGCUCAUGGCAUCAUACCAGCGAAUUCGCCAUUGGUGCACAUUAUGAGUGCCUCAUGUGCCGGUUUUGUGUCUGCCUCCCUCACCAAUCCCAUCUGGUUUGUCAAAACGCGUCUGCAGCUGGACUACAACGCCGACGGCAAAAUGACCGUGUCGGACUGUGUGAAGCGAAUUUAUGCCACUCAGGGACUACGAGGUUUCUACAAAGGCAUCACCGCAAGCUACUUCGGAAUCUCGGAAACGGUGAUCCAUUUCGUCAUAUACGAGGCGUUGAAAAAGAAACUGUUGUAUGUGUUCGCUCCUUUGCUAAUCCUAACAUUAUGCAUUGUGUGCGUCUGUGUUGUCACAAUCACAUUCACAUACAAAUAUGAUCAUCUCAUCUUGAAUAAACGGGUGCUUGAUGAGAGAUCUGGGUUUUGACCGAAAAAGCAAUUUCUGAACGAGCUCUGUGCCGUGGAACUGUUUUUUCCUUGAAAAUUGGUUUCCUGUGCCGACAAACGUGCCACCGUGCGAUUGGUCGUAAAGGAAUCAGUCGUAAGAGAGGAUGGUAAUUUGCUCAACAUAAGAUUUCGUAUACAGUCAUAGUUUUGUAGGUCUCAUGCAUGCCCCCCUGCCGUCUGCCCGCCGAUUAGCUUCGCGAGUGGAGUGUGGAGCAACUGAACCAUGGGAGACACUGAGGAAGCAGCUGUACACCGUGGGUGUGUGUCCGUGUCUAGCCGAACUUGCGUACCCUGUCUAUGUGUGUAUAUGUUGGGUCUGUCGGAAUCCUGUUGGAAUCCCGCAAGUCGUCUAACUCAAUAGCGCCAAACGAACUAAAAAGAACAUGACAUGUGGCUCGAGCUUGGGCAGGCGAACUCUGCUAAGUGAGACAUUCGACCUGGUUGGAGGUAACGUGCGCGUGUUCAAAUUGAUCCUUUUCCUUUGAGAUUGUUAGCUUACAUAACCUUGUAUGGGAAAAGUGAUCCCAUAGUAUUCAAAAUUGCAUAUCACUUGAGUUAAGGUAGUUGUUCAUUGAAGUAUCGUUUUUCAAAGGAAAAAGGUCAAACACACACACGUUACAGUACCCUCUGAUAACCCAACUCGCAAUAGCACAUGUCCAAUUUGUACCGCUAAAUUUCUCGUCUGUGUAUUUUUUCGUAUUUUUUAGUCCGUUAACACACGUAUAUUCACGAAACCGUCAUCGCUCGCUACUCGACCUUCAUCUGUGUGUCGGGAGAGUUGUGUGAAAACCCAAACGAAUCCGAAUCUAGUAUGAGUUUACAUUUAUCUAUGUUUACUAAAACCAUUCACCAAAUCAGGCAUUCGUGGUUACCGUAGGCCUUCUCGCAAGGAACAAACGUUUCGGUCGUUUGUUCCUUCCAGUUGCCGCUUACUUUCGAAGGUUUCGCCAAGAUCGUUGGAACGUACUAAUCCACCACCUUUGGUUUUCCUCGCUUUCUGCGCCUGCUCUUUAGACCGAACUGCGCCACUCACGUCCUGGCGAUGAUAAAACCUCCAGAGAUUUCCUCGAGUUUAUGGC